CCCACGCCUUCCUUUCUCUCCGUCUCCGCUCUCUCUAUCUGUAGUUCUGCACAUCAUAUAUUACGUUCUGUCUUUCGUGCUUGUUGUCUCUCUGUCAAUAGUUCUUCUUCUUUCAUCCGCAUGCGGCUUCAGUUACGGAGAGAAAAAAAGGCACAAUCCUAAUCCUCCCUCCCUCUGGUCAAUCAGCUCCGCCGCUCCACUUCUCCGGCCGCCGAGAUCGCCGAUCCCGACACCCAGCCGGCUUCGCGACUUCGUUUUAGAUUUCGGUCAAGCUCUAGUUCGAUUAUCGGGGAACCGGAACGCCGAGCUCCUCUUCUUAUGGAGCGGCUCGUCGGCGGAAAGUACAAGCUAGGUCGGAAGAUCGGCAGCGGAUCUUUUGGUGAAAUAUUUCUCGCUACUCAUGUCGAUACGUUCGAGAUCGUAGCAGUGAAGAUUGUAAGUGCCCUCCCUCUCUCGGCAAUCGUGUUUGCUAAAUUGUGCAUUUUGUGCUGUUGUUCGCAGGAGAAGAGUAAGACGAAGCAUCCACAGUUGCUUUACGAGGCCAAGCUUUAUAAUAUCCUGCAAGGAGGAAGCGGCAUUCCCAGCAUAAAGUGGUCCGGUUUGGACGGGGAGGACAAUGCGCUAGUGCUUGAUUUGCUCGGGCCGAGCCUUGAGGACCUGUUUGUCUACUGUGGGAGGAAGUUCUCGCUGAAGACUGUGUUGAUGUUGGCUGAGCAAAUGAUUACGAGGAUUGAAUAUGUACAUUCGAAAGGUUUUCUGCACAGAGACAUUAAACCUGAUAACUUCCUCAUGGGUCUUGGUCGUAAAGCAAACCAGGUUUAUAUAAUAGAUUUUGGGCUUGCGAAAAGAUAUAGAGAUUCAACAUCAAAUCGCCAUAUUCCUUACAGAGAGAACAAGAACUUGACAGGAACUGCUCGCUAUGCAAGCUGCAACACUCAUCUUGGCAUUGAGCAAAGCCGGCGUGAUGAUUUGGAGUCACUUGGCUAUGUGUUGCUAUAUUUUUUGAGAGGAAGCCUUCCAUGGCAGGGUUUGAAAGCGGCUACGAAGAAGCAGAAAUAUGAUAAAAUAUGUGAAAAGAAAGUAUCUACUCCUAUUGAGGUGCCCGGUUACAUUCUGGUUCUAUGCAAAUCUCAUCCGGUGGAGUUUGUUUCUUACAUGGUUUACUGCCAUUCAGUGACAUUUGAUCAACGGCCUGAUUAUGGAUUCUUGAAGCGCCUAUUUCGCGAUCUAUUUGUACGUGAAGAAUACGAGUUUGAUUAUGUAUUCGAUUGGACCAUUAUAAAGUACCAGCAGGCACAAAAGAAUCAAACUCAACCUCGAUUGCCGCAAGUAACUGGAAGAAGUGACAGCCAUGCAGUUCAAAGAGAGAACGCAAAUCAACAAGGAAGUAGUAAUGCUGCUUAUGCUUCUGAGGUUGUACAAUCUACGGGUCAUGGCAUUCAUAUGCAAUUGAAAUCAUCAACUGGCAAGCAUGUGGUUUCUGAUAAUCAUGCUGACAGGAACGUUGUGAGUGAUGCACAUAUGCCUUCUAGUUCAUUUUCAUUUGCUGGGUCAAGAAGGAAUGCUGCAAAACCUGGCGGCUUGCCAACUGAAGCAACAAGUGGCCAUGGACAUUCUAGCAAGGUUGCUCCAUCUGGCAGCUGGAUCUCAGCAUUGCAGCGCAUUCAUUCUGCCAAAUGAUCUGGAUGCUGUGAUGUUGUCAAAGGAGGUUAUAAUGAUACAUCAGUUGGAGGCUGAAAAAAAGUUGGCGAUCUGGUAUCAUGCUUUCAGCUAUUAUUGUAAUCGAGAUGCGGAUGCUUGCAAUCCAAUGUGCUUUGUUCUUGUUGAAAGUGGAUCGCAGUAUAUGUUCUUUGAGGUUCUUUUGUAGCACGACAUUGUCCACUGAAGUUAAUCACAACUGGGAACCAUGGACAUGAUGUAGUUUCAGAACUACGGAAGAUCUGACAGUUGCGAGCUGAUUGAGUAAGUGGCUGCAAGCUGCCAAGCCAUGACUCGCGGUUGUAAUUGAUAUUCACGGAUGUCGGUGUCACUGCGGCUCCAGAUCUCAGUUGCAGCACUGCAUGCUUCCCCAUUUGCAUGUUCUAUCCAUGUAAGAAAACUGAAACUGGCGCACUCCUUUUUGUUGCUGGUACUAAGAAAGGUGCCAGCAAGAUGGUAUCCCCACUUCUACAGUUAAAAGUUGGUUUCGGGGGAGAAGGCUGAUUUUGAUGCAGUUUUAGCUUUACUUGUACCGAGCUGUUGGCAAUGGACAAGGGACGAUAACUGAGGUUCGGUUGUGGUUGUUACCGUGCAUAUCAUAUCUAGGUAUUAUUGGGUAACAGCUGGGAGAUAGUUUGGUGCAAGGGCAACCUACAGCUUCAUGCUUUUGCCAAAAUUUGUUGGUAAGGAAUCUGGAGAUGGACGAAGCAUAAGGGUUAGACGAACCACUGGGUGCAAGUUUCCGAUUUAUUUCUUGUAUUUGAUGCGGUUGCUGCUACUGGGGAGGGGCUGUUCGUAAGCAAAUUCCAAGGCGGCAGGUGAACUUUCUUCUCCAGUCGCCUUGAGAUCCAGUUUCAGGUUGUGUUUGUAGCUGAAGAGAAAGUUACUUGAACAAGUGUAAAAGGGAGAGAGCUAUAGUGGAUGUAUACAACUGGUUGUGGGUGUCUGGAAAUUGUGUUGGAAAUGGUGCCGUGGAAAGCAAGAAUCCGAGGAAGAAGCUGGUGGUGUGGUAGUUACUUAUAAUGCUUAGUUUUAAGUAAAGGAAAGAUCAUAUGAAAGAUGCAGGAUGCCGAUGGUAAGAUAGCCUAUAAGAUAGCCUAGUUUGUAAAGGGCUGGGUUUUGGGCUUGGGAUGUGACAAGGUCUCAGGUUGGAAUUCCAGUACCGCUUUCCGCUUUCUUGGUGUUCCCGGAGGCACCCUUGGUAUAAGAGACGAAGUCUCCCUGAUGAUGGUAGCACUGCGUCGGGAUAAAGUCAUUGAUGGUUAGUAUGCAUGUAUCCCAGUUUAGUAGGCUCCGUUGUCACUCAUGUGGCAUGUGGGUUGCUGAUGUUCCUGGGUUAUCAAAUAAAAAAAAUAUGAAAGAUGUAGGACCAAUUUCAGUGAAGGUUCAAAAGGGUGGUAGGGUAAUGUGGGGUCUUGGCGUCUUGCCUGCCAUCUGAACGGUUCUUGUUGGAAGGAAAAAUAACGCUUUAUACUACAUAAUGAAUAAAAUAAUUGUUUACAAAUUAACAACACUAUUAUACUUCAGUAUAAAUGAUUAGUAUUAGUCUACCACUUGAUAACAAAAUAUAUUCUACAAGUUGAUGAAUUAGAGUUCACAAAGUUCUUGAAAUAUGGAAUAAAUUUGAGAGAGAAGAUUGAGUU